AUGCAAGAGCCACAGUGGUUAAGAUCCGUGCUAAGAUCCGUGCAAGUUCCAUUGCAGCAGGCUGGAUCGACUCCCACACAUGGUGCAGCCGUGCAAGAGCCGCAAUGGUUAACAUCUGUGGCAACAUCUGUGCAUGUGGAAUCGCAGCAGGCUGGCAUGAUGCCCAGACAUGGGAUUGCAAGGCAAGAACCGCAGUGGUUCACAUCCGAGCUCAAGUCAGAGCAUGUGCCCAGACAGCAGGCUGGUCGGGCUCCGGUGCACGCUAGCGCAGUGCAUGAGCCGCAGUGGUUGACGUCUGAGGCAAGAUCGGUACAGUCGCCAUUGCAGCAGGCGGGUGUUACGCCCAGGCAGGGGAACGCCGUGCAGGAGCCGCAGUGUAAGAUAUCGGAGCUGAGAUCUGUACAGAAGCCUGUGCAACAAGCUGGAUUUGCACCUGUGCAGGCGGGUGAUUGGCAGUUUCCGCAAUGUAUAGGGCUCGAGGCGAGAUCUGCGCAGGUGCCGUUACAGCAGGCGGGCAGUAAACCUGUGCAAGCUGGGGCUAGGCAGUUGCCGCAGUGGGUUAUGCUUGUUGCGAGAUCUGUGCAAGCUCCAUUACAGCAGGCGGGUUGGAGGCCCAGGCAGGGGAGGGCUAUGCAGGAGCCGCAGUGGUUGAUGUUCGAUUGUUCCGCAGUGCUGGGCAUUGGAGCUCAAAUCGGUACAAGUUCCGGAACAGCACGCUGGCUGAAUUCCAAGGCAUGGAAGAGCGAGACAAGCUCCACAGUGGUUAGGAUCAUUGGCCAAAUCGACGCAACCUCCGAGACAGCAAGAUGGCAUUACACCCGUGCACUAUAA